UGUGUUUGUGUCUGUUCUCUGCUCGCGGUCGGCCGAGGGAAUGGGUCCGACUGGGGGAUGGAGACCCUGCACAGAUCUGUUGCCUCUUGACUUCCUGUCCCAGGUCUUACCGGCUGGCGGGAACAAACCCCUGAGUGAUGUCCACAUGGUUCAGUCCCAGGGGGCGCGGGGCCUGCAGCUAGCUGGUUCUCAGGAGGCCCUGAGCUUCUCAGCUUCACAGCUCUUCACCAACUGUGAUUACUUCCCCUCUGAGUUCUCCAUCGUGGUCACACUCAAAACCCCACGUCUCAGCAACAAGAGGAAUGAGUACAUCCUCUCAUUGGUGGAAGAGGAAUCAGACCGGCUCCUCAUUGGUCUACGUGUCUCCCAGGAGAGACUCCACUUCCUCUUCCAGGGCCCAAUGGGCAGAAAAUGCAUUACCUUUAGGGCAGUGCAGCUGGCGGAUAAUCACUGGCACACUCUGGUCCUGGCCAUCACCGGGCGCUACGCCACCCUUACUGUGGACUGUGGGAGGGCUUUAGAGCUGGUGUGUGAGCAGCCAUUUCCCUCUGACCUCUGCACUCUCAACUCAAGGUUCUACAUCGGCAGCAGGAGGCGAUGGAAAGGACUUUUUUCUGGUCUCCUGCGCCAGCUGGUUCUGCUGCCUGGAUCAGAUGCUACCUCCAGGGUGUGUCCCUCUUCAUACCCCAGGCUGUCUGUCCUGUCCGUCCCCCAGGUCCUGCUCACUAUGCCCCUCAUUCCCACUGGGAACCAUGUAGUCCCGCUCUAUCCUUAUGAAGCUGAAGUGCAGGUCACCCUGGGGAGCCAGCCUCCGUGCUCCAAGGCAGAGCAGGGAAAGCUAUGGUUUGACACACUGAAGAAGGGCCUGUUCCUGUGUGAUGGCCUGGUCUGGAUUCCUCUGCUCCAAGAGAAAAGGCGUCUGGACUACGUUGAAGACUACCAGGACCUCUACACCAACUCAGAGACCUUCGACGUGGAGGUGUUCCACAUUCCAUCUCAAGGACUGUUCGCUGCCACGGCCAAUAAAGCAGCCCAGCCAGGCUCCGGAAUCUACAAGUGGGUUGAUGGGAAGUUCAAACUUUAUCAAAACAUCACCACCUAUGAGGCUCGUGCCUGGAAAUAUUUCACAGUGGGCAGCAAGAUGUUCUUGGCAGUGGCCAACUUCAAGGGUCAGCCUGGCAGAGAGCGGGAAGAGUCAAUGAUCUACAGGUGGAACAGCAGGAAACUUAAGUUUCUGCUCUAUCAGACCCUGGAAACACACUGUGCUCAGGACUGGGAGGCCUUCACCAUACAAGAAGAACAUUUCCUGGUUGUGGCCAAUCACAGACAAGGCGACAACCACAACAUUGACAGUGUGAUCUACCGCUGGAACCCCGGCACCAAGGUGUUUGAGGUGAACCAGACCAUCGGAACGUCUGGCGCGUAUGACUGGGAGUUCUUCUCUGUCGGCCCGUACCAGUUCCUAGUCGUAGCCAACACCCUGAAUGGUACCUCCACCAACAUCAACUCAACCAUCUACAUCUGGCUGGGAGGAACAUUCCGGCCCUUUCAGUCCAUCAAGACGGUGGGAGCAACGGACUGGGAGAUGUUCCAGAUAGGGAACCGGUACUUCCUGGCGGUGGCUAACGGUCAGAUGUUGAACAACAGAGGUCCAAGUCUCUACACUAUCAACUCAACCAUUUACGAGUUGAACAUGAUGACACAGACCUUCAUCAAGUUCCAAGACAUUCUGACAAACAGUGCCGUGGACUGGGAGUUCUUCUCUGUGGGCGAAGACAAGUUCCUGGUGGUGGCCAAUUCUCACGACGGAGCCUCCUUCUCUUUAAACAGUGUUAUAUACAGGUGGCAGGGCUAUGAGGGCUUUGUCCCUGUACACAAGCUGCCGACCACAGGCUGUACCGACUGGGAAUACUUCAACACUACAGAGGGAUCCUUCCUUAUCUACUCCAGCGCUACCUCCCCCCUGUCUAAAGUCUUCAAGCUCAACACAUACUGACCCCUCAAGAGACCAAAACGACGGCACUCUUCAAAUAACUAGUUUGUAGCAUAAUUAUUUUGGUUGCGGCAUGUUCAGUCGAAAGCAGCUGCGAGGCCUUUGUCAGGAACUAUAAAGAGACAGUGAUGUUCUGUUGUGAAGACACAGUUUUGCAGUCAAGCCUGACUGAAGAGGGAGGAGAUCCAUCAUACUUCAAUGUUAUUGAAUAACCCCUAGUUACACAGAAAUAUAUAUUCAGAUUAAAUACCGCUGACAUGUUGUCUAAAAGGUCAGAAAUAUUAAAA